AUGCAAGGGGCCAAGCCCGCGACCAGCAGCAGCAAUGGGAGCGUGGGUAGCAGCAGUAGCCGAAGCAGCGGUAGGCGAAGCAGCAGACGGGAUGAAGGAGGGAUGGCGAUCAGGAAAGGAACGUGGAUGGCCGAGGAGGACGAGAUCCUGAUGGAGUACGUCCGGAAGCACGGUCCCCGCGACUGGAGCUCCAUUCGAUCCAAAGGCCUCCUCGCCCGCACCGGCAAGUCCUGCCGCCUCCGCUGGGUCAACAAACUCAAGCCCGACCUUAAAACCGGGUGCAAGUUCUCGCCGGAGGAGGAGAGGAUAGUGCUGGAUCUGCAAGCCAAGUUCGGGAACAAGUGGGCGAGGAUCGCGACGUACCUGCCGGGGCGGACGGACAACGACGUGAAGAACUUCUGGAGCACGCGGCAGAAGAGGCUGGCUAGGAUCUCGCGCUCGUCUCUCCCACCCAGAUCAAGCAAGAACGAUAAGGAGUUACCUGCUGUCUCUUCAUAUGAAGCACCGCCCAACAUGGAAGUAAGUCUGCGUUACAUCACCAGCCUGAUCUCACGUAGGAAACCAUGGCGAUGUCUUACUUCACCUCUCCUGUAAGCAGGACACCUGCCUCGAUCUGGUUUUGCUUGAAGAAGGAUCCUCCAACGUUCAGUGCGGCACCGCUCUCUACGUGGACAACCAGUGCGCCAUGAGCAUGGC